UAAGGGGGAGAGGAGGGACAGAGGGAGGGAGGCCAGAAGGGAGUGCCAACAAGUGCCCGCUCCUUGUUGGUGAUUUUCGUGUUGCCACUCGACUCCUUCAUUCCUUGAGAACACCUUGACCUCUCCUACUCACUUAAUCCGUCUCUCCUUCCCCGCCGCUUCACUCCUCCUCCCUCGCCCACUCAGCCUCCCUCGCUACCCUUGACGGCCGCCCCUCCCACCCCCCGCCCCCGGCCCUGCAUCGCGUUACCCGUGCCCGCCUGACUGCCCGUCCUCCUCGCCCAGCCGCCUGACACUCGCCCAGCGCCGGGGUGAGGCUGAGUGUGCCCUCCCGCCGCUGCUCCUGCUGCAGACUCGCCCAGUGUAUUUCUCGUCUGUGGCUGGUGCUCCGCGAAGGGUCACGACCUACACAGCAAGACUUGUUAGUGCGGCAAUGUGUCAGUGUGUGAGAAGAAUUAGUAUAGUGAAAUAAUUUAGUUUUUUUUACCGUUCGUGUGACACGUAUUAAGGUGUAAAAUAUCAUGGAAAAAAGAGAAACAAGUGAAAUAUAAUGGAAAUUGAAAAUAAUGUCCAUCAAAACUUCACUGUGGAAUCUUCCUUUGCGUGUGAGCUUAACAGUUAUAAAAGCUAUGAAAAUUGCAUUAUAGUGUAAAAUCCUAUCACUGAAAAUAAAUACCUGACCACGGACGGAUGCAGUGACCAAAUCUGCACAUGAAAUUUAGCGUGAAAUCCUCCUCCUCAAAACCUUUAACACAUAACUUGUCAGCGUGUUUAGCGUGAGUAGAACGUGUGGUGUGCUGGCGGGACUGAAGAGUGAAAAAGGAAGAUAAGGAGAAAAAGGAGGAGGGUGGAAAUAGGAGAUAGUUUUAUUCACGUGGAACAAAUGAAAAGGACAAGUUAAGAGUGAAGUAGAGUUGAUAUAGAUAAACAGAACGAGCAGAUGUGAGUGCGGCGAGUGAGGCUGAGCAGGACAGACAUAAAGGAAGCAGCUGUGUGAAGUCUGAUUGGGCCACCUGACUGCCCGAUUUACCUCAUGUUGACACGAGGGAUCGCCCGGGAGACCUGUCUGCUCUGAGGGACGGCAUGGUACAGGCUGUUGCGAGGGGCAGAGGCACCCCACCCCCACCCUCCCCUCCCCCACCAGCACAACAGGAUUACCUACACCACCAGAACUACAACCACGACGAGCCCUCCUCCUCACCCUACGCGUCACAUCACCAGCACCAUCACCACCAUCACCAUCGUCAUCACACCCGCCAUCUCGUCCCGACACAGGGUCACGCAGCCAUGGACACUCCAGGCGGCGGCUGUGACGACUUGGGAAGGACAGACGCUGGCACGGGAGGAGGCGAGGAAGGGAAGGGAAGCGGGAGCGGAGGCGUCACUUGGAACCACGAGACGAGAGGACAAGGAGGAAGCGAGACUGAAGGAGAACAGGGAGAGGGGGAAGAAGGAGGAGGUGUUGAGGGGAGCCCCGUGAUCCGCCUGCUCGUGCUCGGGGGCCACGCCGUCGGGAAAUCAGCCAUCACGGUCCGCUACCUCACGCGGCGCUUCAUCGGAGAGUACAAGUCACAAGUUGACAUAAUAUAUCGGCAAGCCAUUCAGAUGGAUGACUUUCACGUGGACUUGGAAAUCGUCGACAUCUCCGCGCGGCCGGGCGACAACACGCUGCCGACGAUGGAGAUCUGCCAGUGCGACUGUUACCUGGUGGUGUACAGCGUGGCGGAGCGGCACACCUUCCUCACCGCCAACCGACUGCUUCACGCCAUCUUCAGACUACGCCCGAACUGCCCUCGCCCCCCCAUCACCCUACUCGGGAACAAGCAAGACCUGGAACAUUCCAGACAGGUAAGCGCGGAGGAGGGAGCCACCACGUCCACUGUGUUCGGCUGCGACUUCGCUGAGGUGUCUGUGGCGGAGACCAGCGAGGACAUCGUGCCCGUCUUCACCUCUCUCAUCCGGAGGGCUCGAGCCGCCGCCUGCCUGUGUCCACUCUCCCCAGACUCGCGUCUCUCCGUCCUCCCUUCACCUUUGCCUUCCAUCUGCCGCCACGUGGACGGUCAGGCGUGCAGGCUUUGCUUCUACCGAGGGAAAGAACUGAGGGACUGGGGCAUUCUGCGCAGUGCCAGUCCGUGCCGGGCCCUGGGUGGUACAGAGACUGGCGUGGAAGGGACAGCCAGGGCAGAAGAAGACAGAUGCAGGAGAAGGAACAGCCGCAACCAGAGACAAGCCGCCAGGUCCCUCAGCUCCCCGCUGCAGAAAACUAAAAGCUUCUCGCCAGGUGACUCAGAGAAAGCUGCGCCCUUGGAACCUCAGUUGGGUUUACCAUUAUCACAAACUCCCGGAGAAACAAAACAAAGUACGCCGACACUUGUGAGACAGAACGCUCCAGUCACGGGCAAAGAAAAUGUGGACAAUAACGUACAAGGUUCCCUAGGACAUGCCGCGCUUGCUAGGUCCCUUAGUUCCCCUGGGGGAUGGAGCGAGCAGGAGCUAGGUAAUGAGGAAGAAAACUGCCAACUCACAGACAGACUCAUUAAGGGUUCUACCAAUGUGUUCACAAACUUAAAAGCUCAAGCCUCGACCAUGCCACUGCUGACGCGUGGACGUUCGUUCAUCAUGGACACACUCAGGCCGGACAAGAACCCCGAGUGCUACUGUGGCAUCCAGGGGCGCACGCGAUCCUUUAAAAGCAGCGGGAAGGUGGAGAUUGUCACCCUAAAAAAGACAGAAAUAAAACAAAACAAAGAUGACACAAACAGACUCCUCCCUGGCAAAGCUUCCGCCCACACACACCACGACAGCUUCUCGUCCAAGGCCUUUGCCAACAAGCUCCUGAAGAGGGACACCAACGGCAGCCACAGAGACCGACUGGAGGAGAAACAACCAUCCACUCUGUCCCUGCCGGCGGCGUCCAAGGCCUCUCGCUCCCCCCGGUGGCAUCCUAUCGACAGCAUGGACAAUUCGCUGGAGGAGGAGUGUCACUCGCCCACCAGCGCCCGGCAGAGAAAGUUUUCAGUCUUCGGGGUCGGCAGGGCCCUCGGGAAUUUCCUCUCCAAGGGCUCGCUACCAGACUUGCCCCGAGCCACCGCUAAUAUAUGUGACAAGUUCGGAUCUUUAAAAAGGACGAUAAAGAAGCGGUCAGUGUGAGGGAGUUUAAGCAAUGACUCUAGUACUGCCAUGUUCUGUGAUACGCUAGUGUGGCGCCCGGCACAGCACGACGGUCUUAAGUUCUGAGGGGCGAGUGUUAUGUGUUUAGCGGGAGUACAGUUGUUUGGAGGGUAUGGAAGCCUCAGUUACCACAGCAGUGAAAUAUGAGGUGUUUAUUGAGGGUCAGUCCAGACAAUACACGAGAAAUAAUCAGAGUGAAGUUUUAGUAUUGUUCUUGCUUCCUUGUUACCUCUGAAUCGCCACCACCACAAGCCAAAUCCGCAACCACCACCACCACCAAAAACACUAACUUAACUGUCACCACAACAACCGACAUCAGCAGUGUGGAAGUCCUCACCUCCAUCAUUACCACCACUCCCCUCCUCUCCCACCACCACCAAGUUCUGCCUUAGUGACAAAUUAUUACACGGCAUUACACGGGAGCUGCAGGACAGAGCAGAAUUCUAGUUUACAGGAAUGUUUAGUGUCUUUUUAAACAGCUUUAAUAAUAAACCAAUGCAGGAAAAGGUUCGUGAAGAGCCAGCAAUCAGGUUAUAGUGUUUGAGGGAUGUAUCACCAAGUUUUUUGUGUCGUAGCUAUCUUGGUUUUCGAUUGGGGGCUUUGGACAACUUUUAUUUUUCAUUCCAUUCACCUCCCUGAUGAACUGACCGACAAAUGAGAGUGGAAAGGCAGACGUGAGCUAAUGAAGACAUGACAAAAUAUGAGGGAAGUUAGACAAGGGCAUCCCUGAACCAAUAUUUGAUCUGUAGAUUUAAAACAUCUAUUGUUCAUAAAUAUUCUAUGCGCUUUUUGACAGGCAAACAUUAAUCGUAAGGUAAAAUAACACUCGACAGUUGGAACGAGUCGCUAGGUAGGGGGUGGCAGUGGUGGUGGAGGGGGUGGCAGUGGUGGU